ACUGCAAAGAAAGAUUGCUUUCAAGGUGUUUAAAUCCCCCUCAUGGCCCAGGAAGUAAAAUCACCUGACAGGUAGAUAACAUAGGUGUGUCACAUGAUCAGUGUAUAUAGAGACUGCACUUGGAGAUAGAUCAAGGACAGUCGCCAUUACUGAAGUCAGUGUAAUGAUGGACCCCCGUACCAGUGCCCAGGACGUGAUGCGAUGUGACCUGUGUGAGACCGCUGUGGUACAGAUGCACUGUGAUACAUGUCUUGUCAACCUGUGCAAGGCCUGUGUGGGAGAACACGUCUCCGCUGAUCUCUCAAAACCUCAUAAAAUUGUGGACUUUAAAGAUAGAAAAUCCACUCCCCUCUACCCUGAGUGUAAAACUCAUGUCAAAGAACUAUGUAAAAUGUACUGUAAACAAUGUGACAUUCCUGCCUGCAUCAGCUGCAUUGAAUCAAAGCAACAUUUAGGUCAUGAAUUAUCUAAAAUCGUACGAGUUCUAGUUGAAAAGAAGGAAGUGAUUACAAAAGAAAGAAAUGAAUUAAAAGAUACAAUUUAUCCCACCUACCAGGACAUUGCCUCUGAUGUACAAAACAGAAUGAGUCAGUUAGAAAAGGAAUAUGGAGAUCUCUCAACAGCCAUAACAAAACAUGGAGAGGACUGGCACAGAGAAAUUGACAAACUUGUCAAGAAACUUAAAGCUGAAGUUGAUGUAAUGAAAAACACACAGUUACAAACUCUACAAAAAUAUCUGGAUGAAAUAAACAAGACAAUGUCUGACAUCAAGGAUGAAAUCAAUUUAGUUGAAAUAGCUAUAGACACAAAUGAUUUGUCAAAACUGUUUAGUGUCACAUCCAAUGUACACACAUACAGAAAUCUUCCAAACAAAAUUAUUCCAUCUUUACCCAAAUUCAUUCCAGGAAAAAUCCAAGGAGAAGAACUUUGUAAGCUGUUUGGAACCUUAUCAUCAAGUUCUUUAACAUCAGAUAAACAUGGCUACAGCAUGAAGACAACACAGAAAUCACCAGAAGCUGGAUCCUCUCCUCCCGUCAAACAGCUGCUUGAUAAACCAAAGACUGUCACCACCAUAAAAACUGGGUAUAUAUUAAGGUUUUACAAUGUGGCCUGUCUGAGUAAUGAAGAAAUCUGGACAAGUGGAGGUGACAGCACCAUGAAACUCUACAGCAUCAAUCAGGGAUCACUACUCAAGUCAAUCACAACCAAGUAAGGGAUCUGGCCAUCUAACAUAGCAGUGACAAAAAGUGGAGAUCUAGUUUAUACUGAUAAAACAUACAGGGGUAGGACUGUGAACAUUGUGAAGAAUGAGAAGAUAGAGGAGGUGAUCAGACUACAGAACUGGAGACCUAAAGCUGUCUGUAGUACCUCCUCUGGUGACCUCCUGGUUAUCAUGGACAGUUAUGAUAGAAAAAAAACAAAAGUUGUCCUUUACUCUGGCUCCACAGAGAAACAAACUAUUCAGUUUGAUGAUGAAGGUAAACCUCUCUAUUCAUCUGGUGGUUAUAACAUAUAUAUUACUGAGAACAGGAACCUGGAUAUCUGUGUGUCUGACGGCGAAGCUAAUGCAGUAGUGGUGGUCAAUCAGGCUGGGAAACUGAGAUUCAGGUACACUGGACAUACUCCUACUCCAAAGAACCAAUCAUUCUAUCCACGAGGAAUCACCACAGACAGUCAGAGUCACAUCCUUACAGCUGAUUUUAACAAUGACUGUGUCCACAUCAUAGACCAGGAUGGACAAUUCCUAUGUUACAUAGACUGUGGACUGAGUAGACCCAUGGGACUGUGUAUAGAUACAAAUGACAAUCUGUUUGUUGCUCAAAGAGAUAACAAACAUGUGAAGGAAAUCAAAUAUCUACAGUGAAACACAUCAGUGUGUUGUAUUCUAUAUAAUUUUAAUAAAUAAAAGAGGUAUACAAUAGUACUGAUAUAUAAGUAUUCUGCU